GUGAAGAUGAGAGCCUGUUUACUUUUGGUGCUGGUGGCGUUUGAGGCAAAGGCGGAUUACAGGAGCGAUGGCCUUGAUUUCAGGGGUUUCCUGCCGAGCGCCGGGUACCGCACGGAGGACCAGCUGGCCGAGCCCUCUGCGAGGGUCGAGAAGGGCGACCGCGACAGCCAGCCGGAGAGGACUCAGCGCUUCGGUAUCUCCUCUUACGGGAGCACCGGGGGGCAGGGUGGCUACGGUAGUUCAGCGCCAGGAUUGUACGGACCAGUGAAGAUCGACCUGGGAGGAGUGCUAAUCGGGUCAAUCCUUGGCUUCGGAGCUGUCAUCAUUCUGCCCAAAAUUAUCCACGCAUUGUCAUACGGCUAUGGCGGCGGUUACGGUCGAAGUCUGGAGACCGACAUGAGUCAGAUAUCGGACAUGCUGAACAAGCUCGACGAGACGCUCAGCCGUUACAACAUCGACUCGGGCGCGUGCAUGCAGCGGCUGUCGUGCUCCUACGUGCAGCUCGCCAACGAGAACAUGCUCGCUGGGAACGCUACUGACUUCGACGCAUUGCUGUCUAAUUUGUCUAACAAUUCAUUUGUUCGACGUAUGUUGGACGGCACCGCGAUCUUCGAGGCUAUCUCCGCCGGUCGGUCGAUGGACACCGACUGUCAAUCCCUGUAUCCCAAGUGCAAGAUGGACAAGAAAACUGUAGUAAAGAUUCUAACACAGCUCGUUCCUUCAUAAAGAUGUGCUAUUUUAAGAUAAUUUUAAAUAAUA